CUCACAAGAAACAACACUUCAAAACCAUCUAUAUUUCUCUAUGGCUCCCUUUGCAAUGGAGUUAUUAGCAGCAAGUAUGAUUUUAUUUAUGAUCUCAUAUGUUAGUUUUUGGCUCACAAAGUUGGUAUUUAGGCGAGGCGAAACAUGCUAUGUGAUCGACUACGAAUGCUACAUGGCGCCGAAGGAGAGAAAGCUCGACACCCACCAGUGUGCGAAGAUUGUUUCCCGCAACAAGAAUCUGUGUAUAGAAGAUCACAGGUUCCUUGUAAGAACCAUGGUUAAUUCAGGCCUUGGUGAAGAAACUUAUUGCCCAAAAAGCAUCAUAAUGGGUGAAGAAGAACACCCAAAACUUGUUGAUUCUGUGUCAGAAAUAGAAGCCGUGUUCUACGAUACGCUCGAUAGAAUAUUUGCCAGAUCGAAAAUUUUGCCAUCUCAAGUUGAUAUACUUGUGGUGAAUGUAUCGCUACUCUCAGCGGUGCCUUCUCUAACGUCUAGAAUCAUUAAUCAUUACAAUAUGCGAUCCGAUAUUAAGUCGUUUAAUCUGUCAGGAAUGGGGUGCAGUGCAAGUCUAAUUAGCGUCGAUCUGGUGCAACACUUGUUCAAGGCUCACAAGAAGAAAAUAGCCAUUGUUGUGAGCACAGAAUCCAUGUCGUCUCAAUGGUACUCCGGGAGAGAAAGGUCCAUGAUGAUCUCUAACUGUCUUUUCCGGGUAGGAGGCUGUUCGAUGCUUUUAACCAACGACAGCGCUCGCAAGAAUCAGGCCAUUUUGAAGCUCAAAUGCUUGGUUCGAACCAAUUUGGCUUCGGAUGACGAAGCCUUCCAUUGCUGCAAGCAGUCAGAAGACGCUCAAGGAUAUAAAGCCAUUUAUCUCAGCAAAAUUCUCAAAACAAUUGCUGCUCGAGCUUUGACGAAGAACCUAACAGUGCUGUUACCAAAAGUGCUUCCACUUUGGGAGAUAAUUCGUUAUCUAUUGUUCAAAUCUAGUUCGAAAAUCAACCUUAAAACUGGAAUCAAUCACUUCUGCUUACACCCAGGUGGAAGAGCCGUGAUCGAUGAAGUGGGUGAAAAUUUAGGGCUAAACGAGUAUGACCUCGAACCAGCUCGAAUGACGCUGCAUCGUUUUGGGAACACUUCGUCUGCUGGGCUUUGGUAUGUUCUAGCGUACAUGGAGGCCAAGAAAAGGCUGAAGAAAGGUGACAGAAUCUUGAUGAUCAGCUUUGGUGCAGGUUUCAAAUCCAACAACUGUAUUUGGGAGGUCAUGACCUCAGACUUGGAUCGAACAAAUGUUUGGAAAGAUAUGAUCGAAAAUUACCCUCCAAAGAUGACUAUAAACCCUUAUCUUGAGAAAUUAGGAUGGAUCAAUGAUAAAGCUAUGGAUUUUGUCACACCUGAAGAUAUAAGCAAGAUGUUUGCAAGAUGUUAAUUGCUUCUGCCUACGUAAAGCGAGUGUAGUAAGAGUUUCUUGCUAUUUUUAAUCACGAAUAAGAGGCACCGACGAGUCAUGGUCAUAUCCAAGGGAUUAUGAUUUCUUCAAAUCAUUUAAAUAUUAGAUGUGUCUACAUGAAAAAAAUGUGUAUUUCGGUUUUGAAAAAAAAAACUGAAUACCACUAAUAUAUGUUAUAUUAUCGUUCAUUGUGAUUUUUGGAUGGGUUGAAAAUCAAACAAAUUAAUCUCGUUUCCUUCUUUC